AUGGCUACCCAGUAUCCUCUGGCAAGCAUCGGAAGUUUCAUGGGCUCAAACAUCGCCCAAGAGGGUGGGAAUGAUCUACCAGAUCAAGGUAUUGUCAGUCAAGACGGACUGGUUGCUCCGGACGAUGAACUUGUAUGGGACUUGAUAGAUUCUCAACCAUGGCUGGGCUGGAUGAGAUCAGAUGCCUUGACAGAGAAUCCCACCUCUGAUUAUCUGUUAUAG